UCGUACACUACCCACAACCGGUUAUCGUUUUCCUGCCCACGCCGGGGAGACGAAUUUGGCAGUGAGCAGGCGGGUUGGCUGGCUGACUGGCUGGCUGGUGGGUCCGUUGUCGAAGGCGCAUGCGUUUUCCCAAUGCAGUGAAACGAUUGUUGUGAAUUAGCAGUGCAGUGAAUUGUGCAACAAAUUUGAUAUAAAACUGUGUACGAAGUGACUGUGAAAAGUUGAAAUAAUACAUAAAAGUUCAUCGUCAUCCAGCUCCAUAUAACGGCAGCAACACUGAAGGCCCUCCCGUUCGAUGACUUCUGCCACAGCAUGAUCCCAUGUCUGUUGGGUUAAAAUACAUUCCAACCGUGCCCAAGAAGUGAAGUGUCUGAAAGGGUCGACCAAAAAAACAAGAGCGCAGUGUUGUAGGAACUCUCGCCCGGAGUCGAGCAUCUUGGUGGAGCUGUGAAGGGCGGUUAGACGUCUCGCCAGAAUGGACGAGUCCGGUUCGUCCAGCAACGAUUACAGUCACCAGCAACCGGUCGGCAACACCGGCGGUGACGGUGGUGAUAAUGGUGCCUAUGCCUACAAGAACGAAAUAUCCCUCUCGAUCGGGGAUGAUGAUCAGAACUCGCGUACAAACAGUACCGCCGUACCGACGCCCUCGCCGCGCCAUAUCGAAGUCCCGAUCGGAGCCGGCAGCCCCGAAGGGGAAACGAACGAGUACGCUGCAUUGAACCGUAGCAGCGGGUCCGGAGGUUCGCCCGGUGGCAAAUCGAACGGGCUGGACAAUCCGGGCUUCGAGCUCGAGCACGACAAACGCCCGCUAAGCUCGUUCGGCCAUACGGCCGGCAAGGACGAAAAGUCGCUCGGCGUGGUGUCGAUCAACGGGAAGACGGUGGGCGAAAAGCCACUGGCCGAAGCGGUUAAUCUCGAGCUGCUCAACAUGUCCUCGAAGCCUUCGAACGGCCAUCACCAGAAUGGGACGAACGGGGCCAGCGCGCUGCCGGUCAAGAAGGAUACCGAGGUGGAUCUGGGCGAUCCGUACGACGAGUACUUUGUGCCGGUGAACGAACACCGGAAGUUCAUGAGUGUCUCCUUCCAAAAGUCGCGCCACGGCCCAGUUGGUCAUCCCGUGUACGGACGUCAUGGCCGCGGUGUCGACUACACCGGGCACUCGGUUAAUGAGCCCGCCCCCGGAACGAUGGACUAUAAACAGUGGACCAAAAUCACGAGGGGUGAAAAACUAUACGUCACCAAGGACAAACGAGAGAAAAAGCGUAAGAACUGGCCUUUCUGGUUGCUUGGCCUAGCGGUACUGCUGGCCGUGAUCGUUGUGGCAAUCCUUGCCGGAUCCGGAGUCAUCUUCAACGACAGUCCUACCCCAGUUGAGUCACGUCAGUUCGGCGAUAAGGUGGCGACAGCCGGUGUAUUCGGGGGAGGAAAAUCCCGGCCAGGAAAUGCAAGUAGCACGGUACCGACCACGAGCACUAGCAGCGAGUAUCCAACGACACCAUCGCCCCCCAGCUCUACCCUACCACCGGUACCGCCAUCCACCGAGGAGAUUACCGUGUACGUACCGAACACACUCGAGGGACAGAUUACGCUGGCGAACGUCGAGUUCUUGGACGACUAUCGCAAUCCGAACAGUUCCGCUUACAAAACGUUAGCGAUGGAGUUGGAGGAAGAACUGAAAGACACGCUCAGCACACCGGACGCCCGUGGACCCAUUUACGUCAAGAUUCUAAACAUGAAGCCCGGUUCCGUGGUGGUGGACUAUCGUGUCAGCUGGGAGCCGAACACGAUGGAAAUGUCCGAAGACACAAUGAAGCUCCGGUUGAAUAGCUUUUUGCAGCAAAACGGAAACUAUUUGUCCACCUACAUCGUACCGACGAACACGAUCCGCGUCGCACGGUUGCCUGACGUUUGCGUCAUGAGAAGCUCUGGAAAGAACUGUGAAUACGGUUGUACGUUUGAUGCAAAGGUUGGCGAUUUCAUGUGUACCUGUCCGAAGGGAAUGCUGUUGAAUGAUGAAGACGGGCGCACGUGCUACACUCCAGUUCCUGCGCUCAAUGGCGGAGAGGAAGAACACGAGGAACCAAAGAGUGAACCGGAACCUGCAAGCGAGCCGGAGCCAGCGAGUGAACCGGAGCCAGCGAGUGAACCGGAGCCAGCGAGUGAACCGGAGCCAGCGAGUGAACCGGAGCCAGCGAGUGAGCCGGAACCAGCGAGUGAGCCGGAACCAGCGAGUGAGCCGGAGCCUGCUAGUGAACCAGAGCCUGCAAGUGAACCAGAGCCUGCAAGUGAGCCUGAACCCGCAAGUGAACCGGAACCAACUAGCGAGCCCGAACCGGCGAGUGAACCAGAACCCACAAGUGAACCGGAGCCUGCUAGUGAACCCGAACCGGCCAGUGAACCCGAACCUGCAAGUGAACCAGAACCAGCAAGUGAGCCUGAACCAGCGAGUGAACCGGAGCCUUCAAGUGAACCGGAACCGGCAAGUGAACCCGAAGCGGCUAGUAAACCGGAACCCGAGCCAGAACCCAAGAGCGAACCUGAACCAACGAGUGAACCUGAACCUUCAUCGGAGCCUGAAUCAAGUAGCACCAACACGUAUACAAAAGCUUCAUCCAACGAUCAUGCUGCCAAGCUGAUCAUUUCUACUGAGGCUUCUACCACCGAGACAGAACCCAAAAGUGAGCCAGAACCUACGUCGGAACCAGAACCUUCAAGCGAGCCCGAACCAUCGAGCGAGCCAGAACCAACGAGCGAACCGGAACCGGCAAGUGAGCCCGAACCGGCAAGAGAACCCGAACCGGCAAGUGAACCCGAACCGGCAAGUGAACCCGAACCGACUAGUGAACCUGAACCAUCGAGUGAACCGGAGCCAACGAGCGAACCCGAACCAUCAAGUGAACCAGAGCCUACGAGCGAACCUGAACCUGCUAGUGAGCCAGAACCCGCCUCAAGUGCCGAUACCGAGGAGAAAUUGACCGAAUCCGAUAAACUACUAAGACAAGUCGUACAGUCCACCACGGAACGUGACACUGGUGUUACGACCACAACGACGAUCGGUCACCUAUCUUCAUCACCAUCGUCUACCGCAACGACGGACGAUUCGCAACUGCCCGAUUUUAUGUUCGUCGAUAAGGAAUCGAUGCUCAAGCACUCGACCACGAUCGAAAGCUCAACACCGCACGAACUGGUUGUGUCGGUAACGGAACAGGCUGGCAAAGACGAGACACCGGCACCCGUCACUGAAACGAUUGUAGACGACACUCCAAUGCCGUCCACGUCCAGCUUCUUCGUAACGCCAAAGCCGACGACCGCUUCCCCACCGAAAGCAUCCACGCCGGUGAACGGGUUCGAGGGACGUUCGCUGUCCUCGAACGAUACGGCAGAAAACACGGUGUACGCCACCUCCAGUCCAAUUUCGCUAGAACAGUGGCGCUCGUCGACCAGCUUUGCCACCUCGACCGAAGCCUUCGCACAAGACUCGGAACGACAGGAUGAAACAAACCCUUUCCUGCCAUCGAUUGAAACUUCGAGCACGCGAAACCCUGUCACAGCGUCGUAUGCCGUAACGGAAACCGUCGUUGAGGCCGAAACAACCGCGCCCAUACUGGCGGUACAUAACGAGUCACCGUUCCUACCGGAGACGGAGAACAACGCUAGUUUGGUGAAAAUACUGCACGAGGGAUUGGAUCGCCACGAGGGUUAUGAAAUCGAAACGCAACCACAGUUUUUGGAUGUGGUUCCACUGUCGAAGGAGAGCGAUAGAAACGAGUACAAGAAGCAGCUGAACUCUCACGUCACGGAGACGAUCUACAUCACAACCACCAUUCGUAGCCCGGUUCCGGUUACGCCGGAAUCUCUGGAGGAGCUGCUGUCGGUUGCCAGCUCUAGGAACAUUGUCGAGCAGACGACGGCUAGUGGGGAAGAGAUGGCCACCAGUACGGAGCGUGAAAUGGAAGAGCCAACCACCGUGAUGGAACAGGCGAAGGAAGCUACGAUGGAACAGACAUCCACUACUGAGCGUGCAAAUGAGAACUCAACGAUUGCCAGAGUUGCAUCCGAGGUAGAAACUACUUCGGCUAUGGAACAAACGGCUGGAAGUGCCACUGAAGCUGCAAUGAAUGACAGCACCGAGAGAAUGCAAACGACUACCGAUAGUGAAGAGGAACCACAAUCCACGACAAUUAUUGCUGUGGAGAGAACUACUUUGACGGACAACGUCGAUGCUAGUCCGAGAUCUCAGAAUCUAACGGAUGCAACCACUUCCGAGGGUAGUACAUCGACAACGACCACCACUACAACGACAUCGGAAGCGCCAAGCACUACAACCACUACCACCACUUCUUCCACUUCGACCAUUCCACCGGUGGUGACUGAGGCACUGGAACGCAUCACAGCUAUCGAGAAGGACCUGAUCAGUCUGAAGGAGAACGAUCUUGCGGACGACAACAACAUACUCGAUAACGAUCUUCGAGUAAUACCGCUCAACUGGAGGAAAGACACCUCAACAACUGCCAGCCCAGACCUGGGCUCCAACUCUGUCGCCGAUGCCGAGCCCAACAAUCCGGCCACCCUCAUCCCAACCACGACGACCGGUCAUUUUUUAGACGAAACGACGUUUCAUUUGAUUAGAUCAGAACGAUCGAAUGGAACGUCGUUAAUCGGAAGCCGUUUUUCUGAGGAAGACCAGAGCCAAACCCUCCCGGAAUUGCCGAGCACUGCGAACGCUCCGAUCGCCGGGGACAAACAGCUGGAAACGAUACUGGAGCGUGCGGCGGCAGCCUCGACCUCCAUGUUCACAAAGUGCGCCGUAGGACAGUUCGAGUGCAUCAAUGGCACCUCGAUCAAGGACGGCAGCUCGUGCAUCCAGAAGUCGGAACGAUGCGAUUCGGUAUCCCACUGUUCUGACCACUCGGACGAGCAGGACUGCGAGCGGCUCGGUUGUCCGGGUCACUUCCAGUGUCAGGAUGGUGUGUGUCUAGCACGGCAGCACGUGUGCGACGGGAUAGCACACUGUCACGACGGUUCCGACGAGCAGAACUGUGGUGAGUGGUUGUGCAACUUUGACGAGCUGUCGUGCAAUCCGACCACCGGCAAUGGGCCGUGCCUGCCGGCGCUGUGGAAGUGCGACGGGUUGGAGCAGUGCGCUAACGGGUUCGACGAAAGCAACUGUCCGGACACUUGCACGAACGAUGAGUACUUCUGCGCGGGGCAGCGAAAGUGCAUCCCGGAAGCGUGGCGCUGUGACGGAUCCGUCGAUUGCAGCGACGGUGAGGACGAACGGCUGUGUGAUUGUCCGCUGGAUAACUUCAAGUGUAACACCGGUGGCUGCGUGCCCGGGGCGUACGUUUGCGACGGACAUCCCCAGUGUCCGGAUCAGUCGGACGAAUGGAAUUGCUACCAGCUGGACCGGAACGAUGGAACGUUGCGCGUGAAGCGUAACUCCUCGGACGCACUCACAGUUUGUGGCGAUGGCUGGAACGGUGCGCUAGCGACUCAGGUUUGUGCUGAGCUGGGUUUCGCUGGCGCUAGCAAGGUUCUGUUCGCAAAGGUGGCCACGGGCAAUGGUUCACUAGUGGACAGUAUGUACCGGGUGACCGAGCAGAACCGGCUGGAGUUUGAACCGAUCCACUCGAUGGAGUGCAAUCAGGGGUUGAAGCUGUACUGCGAGGAGUAUCGCUGCGGUCGUGAGAGCAUUCAGCCAACGUUGGAGCAACGCAUCGCGGGCGGUGUCACCUCGGACCCGAACCAGUGGCCCAGUUUAGCGUUAGCCUUCAGUAAUAAUGCUGCCAUCAAGUGUACAGUCAGCAUAGUUUCUCCCCGAUGGGCGCUGGCCAGCUACACCUGCAUCAUGGGCAAGACAGAGUUCGUCAACAACGGUAACUUGGGUGAUAUGAGCUGGAAACUCUUCGCCGGAAGCGCUCAGUUUAAUGCCUCGCUAGAAGACGUCUCGCUUCGCAGUGCGGACGCUUCGUACCAGAUAGUGGACGUGAAGCGUGUUGUGCCGUAUCCGCAGUCGAAGUACAAACAGUUCAUGUACACCGGUGAUGUCGCCCUGCUGGAACUGGCCACACCGCUCAAGCUGAAGGAAGCGGUGGGCAGCGUUUGUCUGACGGAAGGGGCCCACAUCGAUUCGGAGCAGUUCUGCCUAACCGCCGGCUGGGGUUCGGAUCUCGAGAAUACGGCCACGACGGAACAGUACCUAAAGUAUCUGCCCGUACCGACGGUACCGACGGAGCGUUGCAACUCUUCGGUGCACUACAAUGGUUCCCUCCCGGAGAACGCCAUCUGUGCCGGGUAUCUAAACAGCAACAAAACAACAUGCUACAAUGAUGAGGGUGCGCCACUGAUGUGCUACCUGGACGGUUCGGGCCAGUGGCAGCUGGAAGGCAUCCUUAGCUACCACGGCAACUGUGGCAAACGACCGCACCCGGCCAUCUACAAUUCGAUUACCUCAAACAUUUCCACCUGGAUUCGGAACACCGUUGGAAAUGAUCUUAUGUUCGAAAGGGUUACCGCCUCGGGGACGGUUGAUGCAGGGGUAGCGUCAACCACUACCGACACCACCAUUGCUGCCGGCAAUGCUUCCUCAACGGCCUUCUCCGCAACUACCACGGCGGCGACAGCAACGGCCAGACCGAGCGAGGACGGAACCAUCGCCGGUAGCAGCACAGCAACGGCAUCCGUCUCCAUCGAACGGUAAUCCGGACCGGCGGGUUACUGCUGCUACCAUCCUGCUCCGUUCUCAUCAGUAGCAGUAGUAGCUAUAGCAACCGUACUAGUAGCAGCAGCAGCAGUAGUAAUAGUAAUUGACGGACUCUUCUGAGCACGUGUUGUACAUAAUAUCUACCAGUUAAAUAGUGCGGGAGGGAAAAACAAGCUUAUGAAUGUGAGGAAUGUCGGGCGAAGGAAGGGGGGAACUGAUAGAGGGAACUGUUAAAAACUUACGCGCAGAACAUGCAGGAAACGCCUAGUCACAAAAGUCGAAUAUUUUGUGCCAAUAUUAUUUGAAGAACCGUUCUGCAUAACCGUUGCACAUCAGCCGAGCGGAAAGAAGGAAAACCCACAAAACCCGAAGAAAAACAUGGGGGAAAUUUGUACAGUGAAUACAUGCUUCCUAAGGCAAUGCGAGCAACCGAACGUUCUACCGUAUGCGGAAAGGAUGGUUCAAAUGUUUCAGCCAUCCUUUAACAAGCCCCCCACCAACAAUUUGCAUACGAUUCCAAGUGGUUCGAAAUCGAAAGCCACCAAACGCGUAUAGAGAUGAUAAAGGAGGAUGCUUAUAAUAUGUUUUCUAUGUGUGUUUUUGUGGUUGUGCACUUGUACAAGCAAAAGGGAUAGAGAGUCGUACGCGUGCAGGUGGUUGUAUUUCCAUACCACUUGCAAGAAGCAAUAUUCGCAAUUCGUGUUCUUUUUCGUGAGCAAUUUUUAAAUCGUUUGUACAGGAACAGGCAACGGACACGCGCACCGGCCACAGGGCGGCGGGGAGUGAAUGUUAAACGGAACGGACUGUAUUCGGCUACUCUUGGGGUAACGGAAGAGUCUUGUGCAGUUUGUAUGUAAAAGCAAUAAACAAUUUAUAUCUAGAUACGAAUGA